AUGACUCAUCACGUCGCUCUAGUCACAGGAGCUGCAAGUGGAAUAGGUGUGAGCGCUUCUUCACCUGUUGGACUGUUUGAAAACUCCAUCUUUGCUCCACGUCUGGCGUGCGCCAAGGAAUUCUUUGAAACAGGCUGCUCAGUCGCUCUAUGCGACAUUGACGAAACCAAAGGCAUUCAAGAAGCACACAAUUUAAACUCAGUCGCAAAGGACGGUCAAAAGGCUGCCUUCUUCAAAGCUGAUUUGUCCAAACCUGAGGAUACUAGGACUUUGGUUUCGAGAACUGUCUCGCCGGUAGAGGACUUCCCUGAAGACAAAUGGCGCUUCAUGAUGGAGCUGAUGCUUAAUGCUCCAUUCGUGCUAACACAGACGGCGCUGCCCGGCAUGUACAAGAAUGGUUGGGGACGUAUCAUCAACAUUGGUAGCAUACAUGCCCACGUAGCUUCACCGUAUAAAUCUGCAUAUGUUACCGCCAAGCAUGGUCUGCUAGGCCUAACAAAAACCGUAGCCCUGGAAGGAGCUGAGAAGGGGGUGACAUGUAACAUGAUAUCUCCAUCGUAUGUACGAACUCCACUUGUGGAAAAUCAGUUGCAAGGACAAGCAGACUUGCACAACAUGAGUGUCGAGGAUGUGAUUACCAAAGUCAUGUUGGCGCCAGCUGCAAUCAAGAAGCUGCUGGAGCCGAUAGAGGUGGCGAAAUUUGCUGCUUAUCUAGUCAGUGAUUAUGGGAGUGGCAUUACUGGAUCAGCUCAUUCCAUUGAUUGUGGGUGGACCGCUCGAUAA